ACUCGCCUAAAUUUUAGUUGGAGACUUGAAGCGGAUGAGUCACUGUGCUUCCUGCUGAUGGUUAUGGCUGUGGCUGUGGCUAUGGCUAUGGCAAUGGCAUCCCUCAACAUUACUCUCCCACCUUCCAUAUCCAUCUCUUCUUCUCUCUCCUUUCCCUCUCGUUUCCAUGGCCGACAAUUUUCUUAUCAUUCCACGCCCUCCAGUUCGCCUUCCAUCUCACUUCAAAGCAAAACAAAUUUCAUUAAAUCCAAAACCUCCGAUUUUAGUAGCAAUUGUUCUUUGAUUUUCACUACAUCUAGGGAUUCCAGUUUAAUUUCCGUAGAUGAUAACGGCGAAUUCAUAGUUGUUAAUUUCUAUCACUUUGUUUUCAUCAAUGACCCUGAAUUUGAAGUUUCUCGGCAUUUAUCGUUUUUGGAGGAGCUUGAUAUACAUGGGCGGAUAUACAUCAAUGAACAAGGUAUUAAUGCACAGUUUAGUGGACCUUCGGGAGAUGCUUUGACGUAUGUAAAAUGGCUUAGAGAUGACCAAAGAUUUAGAGACAUCCUGGUUCAAAUUUCUCCUUCAAGUCAACAUGCAUUUCCAAGAUUGAAGCUGCGUUAUAGGCCUACUUUGGUGCAGUUCGAUUUAGGUUCUCAAGAUCUUCCGCUUCUUGAUCCUUCAAUGCGUGCGGUGCCUCUAUCGCCAGCUGAAUGGAAGGCAAGGUUAAAAUCGUUAAAUGCAAAUCAUGAGAAAGAUAAUGGAGAUCUAAAGAGUUGCAUUUUGUUGGAUGUGAGAAAUGGUUAUGAGUGGGAUAUUGGUCACUUCCAGGGGGCCCAACGUCCAGAAGUUGACUGCUUUAGAAUUACUUCAUUUGGGUUAUCCGACCUACAGGUGACCGAUUCAGAUCCUUUGGUGAAUGUCGAUAAAGAAAAUAUUGAUGUUUUGAUGUAUUGUACUGGAGGAAUACGCUGUGACGUAUAUUCUACCAUUCUCAGACAAAGAGGUUUCAAGAAUCUCUACACUUUGAAGGGUGGUGUUUCAAAUUAUCUCCAGAAGGAAGGUCCGGAAAAAUGGGUUGGUAAUUUAUUUGUAUUUGACUCUCGUCUCUCGCUCCCACCAUCUACUUUCAAGCCUGGAGCUACAACCACAAGUGGAACUCAGGAAGCUCCGGCUAAUAGCAAGUUUGCAAGUUGUUACAUAUGUGGUUCACGAGUUCAUGAAUUACGACAUCGGAAUUGUGCGAAUCUUGACUGCAACCUCCUUUUCCUUUGCUGCGCAAAUUGUGUGUCAGAACUGAGAGGGUGUUGCUGUCCAAACUGUACAACUGCUCCACGGCUAAGACCUGUUCUGUCAGGAAGUGAAAGGUACAAAAAAUGGCACCUGUAUCGAGAUAGUAAGGUUAGAUCGGAGACAUCUUAGUUUAGUUCAGCAGCACAAACGUGCCUUGUUUACUUCUAAAUCGUUUCGUCUAGUCGUUUAUUUGGAGGUCUAGCAGAUUGUACCCUGAAGCCAUACUUCAGAAAAAUUGUAUAUAAAUUCGUCGAUUUUGACAUCCUAUUUAACUCAUUUUUGUGUGCACAAAA